AUGAGUCACUUCGAGUUUGCUAUACCUUUGCAAAAAGAUGAGUUGCUGGAGUCUCAUGCAGGCCAGUACCAUGUCGAAGACGUAGUUCAACCAAGAUUACUUCUCUCUAAACUACAGGAUGCAGCCAGGGCUUAUAACAGUGAAGGAGUUGAUUAUAUAUUGGAACAUUUUGAUACAUACUUUUCAAUAAUAGUCCAUGGAAAUAAACUAGAAUGGAAUAUUAUUAACAAAGGCUUUGAUCACAUCGUAAGGGCAGCAAAAAACCUAUGUAAUCAUCUUGAAUUGCUAUUUCAAGAUCAAGAGAUUGAUAAUGAUGUCCGUGUUAAGAAUUUGAACAUAGUAAAAAUGGUUAUGUAUCUAUUCACACAAGUGAUGAAAACAAAGGAUACGAAGUUAGCAGCAGAUAACUCUACAAAAUUAACACUUGGAAAGAAAGGCAAGAAAGCUUCAGAUGAAAAUGAAGAAUUUUGUGGUUGGACUGAAUCGGACAAGCAGGCAGCACUGGUCACUUUGCACUUGAUUUUGCAACAAGCACUUUCUCGGCUCUGGGAUCCGCCCUUAGCAGAGGAUAAUUUUGUUUCUAUGGUAGCAGAACCAUGCUAUAAGGCAUUAGAAGAACAAAUUAUAAAAAACAAAGCAGUGAGGGAGACAGUUUUUCAAGUACUUGGUGUAUUGAUCAAAAAAUAUAAUCAUGGCACUUCUUGUCUCAUCAAAUUAGUACAGGUCCUACAAAUGUUUGAACAUGCUGUCCUCCCCAUCUGUACUGGAGUGGUGCAGUUGCACAAAGAAUUUGGACUUGGCACAUUUGGCCCUCAAAUGGUCCGUGAAAUAGCCGAAGCACUGGCAUCGUCAGAAGAAGAAAACGUAGGCGCAGGCACAGAGCAAGGCGCCGCCCGCAACUGCGGCGCUUUCUUGCUAGAACUCACCAAGGAGUUGCCGAAGGAAAUGACAGGCGCUAUAGCCACCAUACAGCCUUAUUUAGAGAGUGAUGAGUCAUACACGCUUCGUAUCAGCGUAUUGGGCAUGAUGUGCGAAGUGCUUAGCGUCGAGUUACGCGGCGAGGGGCUGACAGACGAACAGCGCAUACAGCGAGAUGAUUUCCUUGACGAAUUGUACGAACACAUGCAUGAUCUAUCUGCCUAUGUGCGCCAUAAGGUUCUCCAAUUCUGGAGUAGAUUGCAACGUGAGAACUGUGUGCCAGUAAGCAGACAACGCGUGGUGCUAGAACGAGCUAUCGGCCGUCUGCGGGAUAAGGCAGCGUUGGUCAGAAAGGCUGCCAUACAAUUACUAAAGGUGUUCUUAGAGUGUAAUCCAUUUUCGGCGCAAUUGAAAUUAGAACUGCUUGAAGAACAACUAGAAUCAGAACAGAAAAUACUAGAUGAGCUACAAAAGAAACUGAACCCUGGGCCGGACCCAGAUCUUAUCAAGAAAUGGGAGAAAAUAGAGAAGGACGUGAUAAAGAUGAUAAAAGAGAAGAUUGACAUAUUGACACAGGACGAGCCGGAACUCUCGCAAGCUUCGUUGGAUAAUCUGUAUGAUGCCAUUCGUAAGCAUAUGCGGGAUAAGGACUAUUACAAAGCGUAUUUGAUUGUAAAACACACAGAGCGACAGUAUCCCGAUGCUAAAUUGUUGAGGUGUGACAUGGAAAAAAGCGAUCAGAUUGACUACUUCGUCGCUUUAAUGCGUAACAUAUACGUCAUUCCCGACAGAAGGCAAUCUAUAUCAGUAACACAGCAAUGUGAAAAUGAACUAGCGCUAUACAAGAGAUUAGAGGAGAAGGAAAAUAUAGUAGCCUUCUUACAAGAAUCCGUACACUUCAGUCGAAUGGUCUCUGAAGCCGUUCCUCUGAUCAACGCGUUGCUCAUGUCGAAACAAGCCGGAGACGUGAGCGAAGCGAUUGACUUUUUCACGACAGCCCACCAUUUCAACAUCGAGUCCGCUAAAGUUGGUGUCGCCAAUAUGCUGCUACUAGUUUGGUCUCCAGAUCAGGAUAAACGCGAAGCAGUGGAGCGUGCCUACCGUGACAUGUACCUGGAAUGCGAGACAAAGGCGGAGAGAGCGCGCGCAUUCAGCAUCGGCAAGCGUCUGGUGGCGCUAGUGUCGCACGUGGACCGAGGCAGCGCGCUUGCUCUGGAGCACCUCGUGGGGCAGUGGGUGGAACGCGGAGACAUGUCGCCACCCGUCAUACAGGUCUUCUGGGAGAUGUUUCUGAAGAAAAUCGACGGUACUACUGAUAUGGAUAGCUACGCCGCGUUAUCAUUACUUGUCAUGGUUGCCAAAGCGAAGCCAUCCGUAGCAAUAGCUAAUAUGGAGGUCAUUCAGACCCAUGGCCUCACCGCCGAUUACAAUUCAAGGAAUCUGAGCGCCCAACUCCUAUUGGCUCUAGCUAAGAAGAACCAACGAUACCCUGCUGACCACCCAAUGUUUACCUCCGUAUUCGAAAGCCUUUUGGAAACGUUCUCCAAACUGAAUAACUUCGUUUCGUUCGCUGCUAACUCCGUCGAUUUGAUUUACGCCCUGUGCGACACGCCUGAAACCAUAUGCGCUAAAUUGUUAGCAGAAAUGUAUAAGCGAAUAGAAGAAGCAAUGGUCAAAGAUAAAGAGAACGAGGAGGAUGUUACUCUCCCCACGGAACUAUUGACGCGUUUUGUAUUUGUUCUCGGCCACGUAGCGAUGCAGCAACUGAUAUAUCUUGAUAUCAGUGUUUACAGUGAACUAAGGAGAAGAAAUCAGGUACGGGAAGAAAGAAAAAUUGAAGAAAAACGUAAGAAGAAAACUGGUGCCUUCGCCACGCCCGGGCGGCGCGGACGCGUCGACGAUCUACGACGUCAAACGCUCAUGAAUAUCAGCAACUCCAGCGCUUCUUCGCGAGCGCAACGAGCCAACAGUGUUGCAUCCAAUAAAGGACCUUCGACAAACACUACUAUGACGGAAGAGGAGAGUGGCUUAGAAGGCGCAGUCGCCGACGACGCAGACGCCGAGUACGUGCGUGGCGUGUGCGAACGGGACAUAGUGGGCGCGGGCACGGCGCUGUCUCGCUACUGCGCGCUACUGCGUUGGCUGCUGUCCAAUCCGGCCCGCUGCCCGCCGCCGCUGCAAGCCGCCGCCGCACUCACAUUCACCAGGUUUAUGUUGGUAUCAAGUUCGAUGUGCGACGAAGGUCUACAAUUAAUGGUGACUGUCCUAAAACGAUCAAAAAAUGUUUCCCUACGGACCAAUCUCACCAUUGCUUUCGCGGAUCUGACGCUGCGUUUCCCCAAUCUCACUCAACCCUGGACUCAUCAUAUUUACCAUAUCCUAAGUGAUGAAGAACUAGAAGUACGUCAAUGCGCAGUGAAAAUGCUCUCAUUCCUCGUUCUACACGAGAUGGUGCGCGUGAAAGGACAAAUCGCUGAUAUGGCGCUCUGUUGUGCAGAUAAAGACCCCAGAGUUGCCAGUAUGACAAAACUGUUCUUCAAACAGCUUUCGCAGAAAGGCAACGCUUUAUAUAACGUGAUGCCCGACAUUAUAUCCAGACUCAGCGACCCGGAGUUGAACGUGCCGGAGGAACAGUACAGAGUUAUCAUGAAGUAUAUAACAUCUCUCAUUCAGAAAGAUAGGCAAAUGGAAGCGUUAAUAGAAAAAUUAUGUCAACGCUUCAAAUUGUCCACUGAGGAGCGACAGUGGCGCGACCUCGCUUACUGUCUGUCGUUGUUUAGCUACAAUGAGAGAUCGUUAAAAAAACUCAUUGAAAAUCUAGACUGUUAUAAGGACAAACUGCAUUGCGCCGGCGUCAUGGAAUCCUUCACCACGCUCAUGAACAACACUUCCAAAAUGGCUAAGAAUGAGAUAAAGACUUUAGUAACUGAGCUAGGCGACAAGAUAGAGGAGUGUUUCGCCGUCCGCGACGGUGAAGAGCAGGAGGGCGUGGAUGAGCCGCGCGCGGGCCAACCGCCAGCGGUCCGACCGCCCGCUGCCGCCGCUACUCCGCGCCGCAAACAAGCCGGGCGGAGAGCUAACCGACGCCGCAACUCCGACACUAGUCCUGACGAGAAUGAACCACCCAAUAAUGUUGACACUCCACAGUCCGUGAGAAAAUCAUCUCGUAGAAGAGUGAACAGGGUUGCAGCAAACGAUUCUGAUGAGUCAGAUGAGGAGGAGGAACAAAACAAAGAUGAAGAUGAUGUGUUUAAAAAGCCUCCAGCACGUAAAACUACCCGUAAGAGAAAAUAA